ACGCCUUUUCCUGUUUAUCGCCGACGCGCUCAUCUCAGCCUGGGCCGCCCGUCAUCCUUUGCGCCAACCGCGCAGGCGCAAUGCCUCCUCUCGCUCGGGUGCGCAUGCGCGGUGCUGUCACUAUCCGGGUCCUUUCCACAUUCCCCCUCAUCUUUUUCUUUCUCCUGUCCUGCGCUAAAUCUAAGAUGGCCGCCGUCGGGGCUUCGACGGCAACAACAGCGGCGACGACGACGGCGGCGGUUUCUUCGGCCUCGACGACGACGCCGGCCUCCUCCGCGGCUGCGUCCUCCUCAGCCGCGGCGGCUUCUUCGUCAGCGGCGGCCCCGCAACCGCCUCCUCCUCCUCCUCCAUCGCAAUCGGCGGGAGGGAGCACCGGGGCGGCGGCGGUGGUGCAGCAAACCGAGGCGAGCACCGGCGGCAACAACGGCUCCGGAGGCUCCUCGUCCUCGGCGUCGUCCGGAGGCGGAGGAGGAGGCGGCGCUGGCGGGGCCUCGGAGUCGUGGUACGUGGCGCUGCUGGGCCUGGCCGAGCACUUCCGCACCUCCAGCCCGCCCAAGGUGCGCCUCUGCGUCCACUGCCUCCAGGCCGUCCUGCCCCGCAAGCCUCCCGCCCGCGUCGAGGCCCGCACCCACCUCCAGCUCGGCUCCGUCCUCUACCACCACACCAGGAACGGCGAGCAGGCGCGCGGGCACCUCGAGAAGGCGUGGCUGAUAUCACAGCAUAUUCCACAGUUCGAAGAUGUCAAAUUUGAAGCUGCGAGCCUCCUGUCUGAGCUGUAUUGCCAAGAGAACUCUGUGGAUACAGCAAAGCCGCUGCUGCGUAAAGCCAUCCAGAUCUCCCAACAGACUCCCUACUGGCACUGCCGUCUCCUUUUCCAACUUGCACAACUUCACACACUUGAGAAAGAUUUGGUCUCUGCCUGUGAUCUUCUGGGGGUUGGAGCCGAAUACGCCCGGGUGGUCGGAUCAGAAUAUACAAGAGCACUGUUUCUCCUAAGCAAAGGCAUGCUUCUCCUCAUGGAGCGGAAGCUGCAGGAGGUACACCCGCUCCUCACACUUUGUGGGCAGAUUGUUGAGAACUGGCAGGGGAACCCCAUCCAGAAGGAGUCGUUACGUGUGUUCUUUUUGGUGCUGCAGGUGACACAUUACCUGGAUGCUGGUCAGGUGAAAAGUGUCAAGCCCUGCCUGAAGCAACUCCAGCAGUGCAUCCAGACCAUCUCCACCCUCCACGAUGAUGAGAUCCUGCCCAGUAACCCUGCAGAUCUCUUCCACUGGCUGCCCAAGGAGCAUAUGUGUGUGCUGGUUUACCUGGUCACUGUGAUGCAUUCCAUGCAAGCUGGCUACUUGGAAAAGGCACAGAAGUACACCGAUAAAGCGCUGAUGCAGCUGGAGAAACUCAAAAUGCUGGACUGCAGCCCUAUCUUGUCGUCCUUCCAAGUGAUCUUGUUGGAACACAUCAUCAUGUGCCGCCUCGUCACGGGUCACAAAGCGACAGCCUUGCAGGAGAUCUCGCAGGUUUGUCAGCUAUGCCAGCAGUCCCCCAGGCUCUUCUCUAACCAUGCUGCUCAGUUGCACACUCUCUUGGGCUUAUACUGCAUAUCUGUCAACUGCAUGGACAACGCAGAAGCACAGUUCACUACAGCACUCCGGCUUACUACCCAUCAGGAGUUGUGGGCUUUCAUCGUCACAAACCUUGCAAGUGUCUACAUCAGGGAGGGGAACCGGCAUCAAGAGCUUUACAGUUUAUUGGAAAGGAUAAAUCCUGACCACAACUUCCCUGUGAGCUCUCACUGCCUGCGAGCUGCCGCCUUCUACAUCCGAGGACUCUUCUCCUUCUUUCAAGGGAGAUACAAUGAAGCCAAGCGUUUUUUGCGAGAGACACUGAAAAUGUCAAAUGCAGAAGACCUGAACCGGUUAACUGCCUGCUCCCUUGUCCUUCUGGGCCACAUCUUCUAUGUUUUGGGGAAUCACAGGGAGAGUAACAACAUGGUAGUCCCUGCCAUGCAGCUGGCCAGCAAGAUCCCGGAUAUGUCUGUCCAGCUGUGGUCAUCGGCACUCUUGAGAGACCUGAACAAAGCAUGUGGGAAUGCCAUCGAUGCCCACGAAGCUGCACAAAUGCAUCAGAACUUUUCCCAGCAACUGCUCCAGGACCACAUUGAAGCCUGCAGCCUUCCAGAGCACAACCUCAUCACGUGGACCGAUGGACCUCCCCCUGUACAGUUCCAGGCGCAGAAUGGACCCACCACCAGCCUGGCCAGUUUGUUGUGAAUAACAGACAGUUUUCACUUGGAAUCACGAUGGGAUCUUUUCUUAACACUGAGCUUUUUUAAAACCCAGGAUGGACUGCAACUUCUUCUCCUGGCCUUGACUGGAGUUGACGCAGGAAUGCAUUUCAUAGACUUGCCGUACGAUGCAGCCAUUCUAAGCUCCUUUUAAAGGUUUCUGUGUACAUAUAUAUUGUAUAUUUGCGUGCGUGUGCAUGUGUGGGUGUGUGUGUGGCUUGGAUGGCAGGGGCAUGUGCCCACAAGCCCUCAUCCUGUUCUGCAAGAGAGGACUGGGUUGUGUCCCUCCUUACUUCUCAAAAUUAGGUUGUAUAUUUUUUCAUGAUUCCUUCAGACUGAAUGUAGGCAGUUCUUUUAAAAAAGAGAGAGAAAAUGUUGAAUGUAAUGAAGGAACCACAAAUGUCUUUGGUAGUGACCCUGAAAAUGCUGCUUGCUUGCAUUUCAAGUGACAUACUUCUAUCCUUUGUAUUCCUGAAACUGUUGGAAUUGUUAUCUUGAUGGCAGUUUGGUACUUGAGCCAUUUAUUCUUAUAGUGGAAAGCUUGCUGUGCCUUCUUUGACCCAGCUUAUUAUAGUGGGAAAAGUUGGUCCUGGUGAGAAGGUAAGCCAAUCCAGCAGGAAUGUCUUUCCUUCUGUGGAUUAUUCAGGGACAUUUGCUGUUUUUUCUGACAGUGGAGAGACGCUUUGUGUCAUCUCUGGUCCUCUGAAUAUUACAUUAAGCCCCCUGUUUUAAUUAUCUCAGAGCAGGAGUGGACAAAGAGCAUUCUGCAGCCUGCAUGCAGUCCACAGGCUUGGUUUUGUGGCUGCCAAGACACUCCUCAGCCCCAAAUUGUUUUGCCCUCAAAUGCUCCCCUAUUAGCCCCAUAACUAAAGCCACCCCCCAGUGAGGGUUGAACUUGCUCUCUACCUUCCAGGGGUUGUCCACCCCUGAAGAGAUACUUUUUCCCCCUUAGUUGAAGUUCUUUUCCUUACAUCUCUUGUCCAUUUGUGCUGAGCAAGGCAGGUUCUGUUUCUCCAAUUCAAAGUAAAACGAGUGAUUUCCAAUUCUCUGUUUUGGGAAAAGGGUCAGGUCAAAUCCUGCCGCUUGCUGAGUUGGUAAUGGAACAGAAAUCCUAGUCAGUCAAGCUGAUAAAAAGGAGCACAUUUCUAGCUGCUAGUGACUGAAGAGAGAAAACUGAAAGUACGUUGGUCCUUUUGAAGCCCAAAGGUUGGCCGGUACCACCUUUUCAGCAAUUAAAGUCGGGGCUUUAGUAUCAAUGCUACUUUCAUGACUAAUUAUGUCAAACCAUAGUGAAAUCCUACAAUUACGCCAACUAAGAGCAGUUAUUCAAAUGCACUUACUUUGCAUCGUUUAUAUGUGUGUUGAAGAAUCCGGCCUUUUCUGGUAUAGAACGUAUGUGAUAUUUUAUUUUCAGGUAGGGACACAACCUUGCUUCCAAUCCAGUGUGUGUGUGUGUGUUUCUAUUUUUAAAGGAAAUAGUUGACCCUGUAACCAGAUAAGUGAAUUCCUAAUCAUGGGUUUUUAUCGAGAAUAUUUAUUAUCCAAAAACGACAACCAGCAUCCAUGGAUCGUGUUAGAUUUGUUCCCCUGCCUCGCUCAUGACCCCUUUUAACCAUGUUCGGGAAUUGGCGGCAAACGUUCGAAGCAAGCUGAUCAUGUGUCAGAAUUUAAAUGCCCAAAAGUUGCUGGCAGUGCCUGCUGGGAGGAGCAGCUGGUUUUUGUGUGUGGAGAACAGAGCGGUGGUUUUGGAGGUGGGCAGAAAGGUUAGGAAAGGGAGUGAACCCUUCUAUCAUCUCCUCCUCCCCCCCCCCCCGAACUUGGGCUGUGUUUCUUUGGCUGAGAAAGUAGCCCUGGACAUCAUAGAGAGGGACUUGAGGGUCACAUUGGCCCUUUCCAGGAAACUCUGCAAGCCAGGUCCCACCCAUUCACAAAGAAAUCAUAAUUUUCUGUCUUCAAAUGCCCGUAAGUUCGCUCUCGGGGGUGUAACCCCAGAGCAAGGACGAGGCUUUUAGUAUUAUUAUUAUUAUUACAACAAGAAGUAGUUGAGAAGUCAGUUCCUGUUCACUUCUUGUUUAAAGGCUUUUCCUGGGACCCUCAAAAGUGUUGUGAAUGACCCUAGAGGGCAUUUGGGGGCAAGAUGUGCCACCCUUCAGGGUUUUUUUGUGUAUUUUAUUUUAGCCUGGGUGCUAAAAGGUAGACCCAGUGAGGUCCCUGGCUGUACAUAGUUGUGAUUUAUCAAGAUUGCGAAUAUACAGUUGUUCUAAUCUCUCUUUCCCCCCCUUUGAUGCCAUUUUGAGAAGCAAAAAAGAAAAAAUCUUUUCCAUUGCUGCAGAUGCCGAUUCUGCACUUAAGGAAGAGAUGCCUUAAUUUAGUAACUGAUGUUUGCUUCCUCUCUUAGAUGAACCAUUGCAUCUUUUGGCUCAGUGUGUAUCAAGCAGGAGCAGUCAACUCUAGGGCAUUGAUUCCCAAACUCUGGUAUAACAAUGUCUUGGCCAGUGGUCUGGGAUUCUGGGAGCCCAAGCCCAAAACGCCUGGAAGGCUAGAGUUUGGGAAUCGCUGCUCUAUGAGCAUAUAAUGCUCCAGAUUUCUGAGUUUGGCCCUUUGCUAAACUGGACCGGUUUCCAGGGCGCAUAAUGCAACCAUAGCCCUCUCCCACUUAUUUGGGUAGCAGGGACUCCGUUCUCUAGAUGGGCCACAAUUCAGAGGCCAGGAGUAUAUUUUUCCACCCCAAAUUCCUCCUCUCUCCUCCCAGCACCUUCUAGACAGUGUUCAGACACCCAGUGUGUUCACAAUUGGCAUUAGAUAACACUGUCAUUCAGGAAGAGUGGCCUUAGCAACUAAUACGUAUAUUUAUAAAUCUAAUAAUAAUAAUAAUAAUAAUGCUCUCUUUUUGGAUGCAUGUACAUGUUAGGUGCCGCAUCGGAAGGUUUUAAAAAAUGUUUCUUGCAAUGUUGAAAACCUAAAUUCCAUAGGAAUGGGCCUUGUCAAAUUUCCCCCGCUUUGGAAAAAAUGGGGUCGGACUCAUUGAAAGUUGCCUUGAGGGACUAAACCAGUGGUCCCCAAACUGUGCCCUUUAAGGGUUUUUGGACUUCAGCUCCCAGAAUCCCAGGCUAUUGGCCAACAUGGCUGAGGCUUCUGGGAGCCAAAGUCCAAAAUCUCUUAAAGAGCCCAGUUUGGAGACCACUGGACUAAGCCUUCUAUUCAGGCUGCCAGUUGAAUAUCCCGACUGUUAUAGUUAUAGUCUCCCUCCUUUGCAUCCCUGUCCCCAGUAGUCCAUCUUUAGGAUCUGGUGUCGGCCCCAGAAACCUUCAUUGAGGCUGUUAGGUCUGUCGGUGGACCUAUAUACAUACCUAGGAUUUUGCAGAGCUGGGAGUCUGCUGAAGCAGAUGAGCAUCCUGGUUGGGUCACACAGCGAUGCCCCUCCUGUAACGUUCUUUACCAAACAGUUCUUUGUAUGUACUAAAAAGGAAAAAGGAAACUAUCAUGGCGUGCUUUAGUAAAUUUGUACAGUUUUUGUCUUUUAGCCUUUUUGAAAAGCGUUUAAAUCUUUCCUAGUGAUGGAUGUGCAAAACAUAAAAAGAACUAUGCACAAGGGGA